AUGAUGCUCCUGACCUUCCCAACAAUCAGUUUCAUCUUAACCCUUCUUGCCUUGACCCUCCCGAUUACGGCCCGUCCCAACGCCAAUCCUAUCAUAGGGUCAAGGAGCCAAGUGUCUCCUCUGCAUAACUUUCCUUGGGUGGCCAAACGUCUAGCCAAGCCUGUCCUCGAUCGUCGAGACGAUAACAGCACCAAACUUGCGUUUGCUGGUGCAGUUCUUGAUGAUACUAGCUACGAUUAUGUCACCUCAACUUUUGUGGUUCCAACAGUUCAAUCAACCGAUCCGAGCGGCCCUGAGUAUAUUGCUCUAGGAGUUGCCUUUUACUGCAACAAUAUCGUCUUGACCGCCCUCGGUAUCUCGGUUGCUCCCAAUGGGACUAUUUAUAUCAUUGGUACUGUGUUGACCACGGAUGGGUCGUCGUUACCCUACACAGCGGGUGAUGGUGGGGAUAAGCCCGCCUUCCUACCCAUACCUUUCAACAUCAACGACACAGCCAGGACAUCUUUACAAGCGUUGGGCAACCACAAGUUCAUCGCAAUUGUCGAGAAUUUAACCACGAAACACAAGUCGGAGGGACUGGUCACUGCCGUUAAAUAUCCCAUUUGUAGUAGCCGUGAUGCCGUAUGGGCUAUCGGGGCGAUCAACAAGGACGAGUCUCAGACCUCUUAUGCGGACUUUGGUACUGUUACUUUCUUCAAUGCUUCGGCUCGUCGACAUUCUGGGAAAUCGGUCGGUCCGGAGGGAGCGAUCGUGUACGAAAUCGCUACACCUGGUGGGACGAACCUCACUUCCACUACCGUCUCCACUUCCAGCGUGACUAUUUCGUAUCUCAGAAAAUGA